AUGGUGACUCUUGCUCUCAAUUACACCACAACAUCGUUACUUGUCAAGAUUAGCGCUUGCUCAAAGCGCAAUGAAAAGCAUCUCGCCGACCUGAAGAGUGCUUUGGAUUCAAGCAUCCGGGAAACCCACCUGACGCUGCGGAGCAUCAACGGUGAGCUGGAAUCUAUCCAAACGACCCAAAAUGACGUUCGAGGAAGAGUCGAGGAGCUGCAUGGGCGUCAGGAUAUGGAGGAAGCUUUGAGGAAACGUCAACGCAUCCUUGACUGGCUCACACCCAUCGACCACGCUUCAGAGCAGCGGGACGCCAUCAGUCGGCGGCAAAAAGGUACCGGUGAAUGGCUGCUGCGCUCACAGACCUACCAAGACUGGCUCAGUACCGACAGUCGUACCUUGUUCUGCCCUGGUAUUCCAGGUGCUGGCAAAACGGUCUUCGCGUCAAUCAUCAACGCUGAUCUUUGGGAGCGUUAUCAUGAUGACCCUACGGUUGGCUUGGCUCAUCUUUUCUGCAACUACCGGCGUCAUAACGAGCAGACAUUAGAAGCCCUACUAUCAGGUCUACUGAAACAGCUUGUCCAACAUCAAGUUCCGUUACCAGAGUGCGUCACCAGUCUUUACGACACACAACAAAAAGGGGCUUCGGAUCGGAUCGAAGCUACUACGGAGGCUCUCAGGUCAGCAAUGGCAACAUACUCACGAGUAUUCAUCGUACUAGAUGCUCUCGACGAAUGCUCUACAUCUCAAGGCUGCCGCACAAGGCUGCUGUCAAGUAUCCAGAACUUGCAAAAGCAUGGUCACAUCAACAUACUUGCCACAUCUCGAUUCAUACCAGAGAUCACCGAGAAGUUCAAAACAGCCUGUGAGCUGGAAAUUCAAGCAGACAGCAACGACGUGCGAGAAUACCUCUCUGACAAUAUAUAUCGCCUACCAGGUUUUGUGCAAGAUAAUGUCAGCUUGCAGGAAGAAGUUGUGUCCAAGAUCGUUGAGGCAGUGCGCGGAAUAUCCGCGAAAAAGGUGAAACUCGCCUUGAACGAACUUGCUACUGGAUCUGAUGCUUACGACUCUGCGUAUGAUUCUGCCGUGAAAAGAAUCAACGGCCAAGUCCCUGACCAGGCGGAGCUCGCCAAGCAAGCAUUGGCGUUUCUUACCUGCGCCCGAGCAUCAGUCUCUACAGAAGCGCUAAGAGACGCUCUGGCCGUGGAGAUUGGUGAACCGGAUAUGGACCAAGAAAACUACCCAGACAUCGAAGACGUGUUAGCUUCGUGUCUUGGUUUAGUUACAGUAGACGAGGAUUGUGGAAUCAUCCGACUCGUCCACUACACGACACAAGAGUACCUUCAGCGCACCUUGGAUCGAUGGUUUCCGGAUGCGCAAGCCAUGAUAGCAAGUACCUGCGUCUCCUACCUAUCUUUAGAUCGAUACGCCGACCUCAACAACUUGGACCCCUCAGAAGACUGUGAAUGGUACAUAUACUCGGCACGUCAUUGGAUCGACCACGCUCGCCUUGCGCCGUCAAGUCUGACACAAGUGGUCAGCUUUCUCACGCGGCAAGCCAAUGUCAUCAAGAGUUUCUUCUAUACAUACCCAUGGGUAUCAGCAAAACACGUCUUCGAACGAGAACAUGUUGUGACUCAACAUCCUCACGUCACUGGGCUUCAUGUAGCGGUUAUGUCUCAGCUAGAAGCUACUACUGCGGCGCUGCUCCAGCAAGGUUUCGAUGUACAUGCAAGAGAUAGGCUAGGUCGAACCCCUCUAAUCGUUGCUGCACAACCCGGACGCGAAGCUAUCGUAGAGCUCUUACUCAAGUAUGACUCCUCUCUGGACUUGAAGACAGACAAUUUCGACGAUACCGAUAGUCAGGAUUAUGAUGCCAUCCAUCCAGGGUCAACUGCGUUGCACUUCGCGUCGAGGAACGGGUCUGUCAGCACUGUCAGAGCUCUCCUCGCUCAUGGUGCCACGGUGGACUCGAAAGACGCUAGAAAUGCAACGCCUCUACAUCAUGCUAUCAUAAAUGGCCAGACAGAGGUUGUAAGGGUGUUAAUCAACGCCAACGCUAACUUGUCAUCGACUGUCUGGUCAGCGACAUACCGGUUUCUGCGGCAAGAUGGAUUCAAGGGUUACUUGGAACCCCUGUCGCGAAAGACACUACUGGCGACAGCAGUCGAAUCCGAGUCCGUCGAAAUGGUUAGUUUACUCAUUGAGGCUGGGGUAGACGUCAAUGAGCACGGGGACCAUUGCGCACCAGCCUUAAUCCACGCCGUGUCCCGACUACAGGGCACUGCAAUGGUUGAAGUAUUACUCAAAGCUGGUGCGAAUCCCAACCUCACCGGCUGGCGAGGGGCAUCACCACUCAUGGAAGCAUGUGGGCGUAGGUACCGGUUCGAUCGUAUUGAUGUUGCCAAACUCUUGCUUGACGCAGGAGCCGAGAUCAAUCACACCACAGCAGACUUUCCCAUUCGGUCCGCGUUAGCAGGCGCCCAUUGGGAAGGAAAACCUAAGAUUAUACAGUAUCUUGUCGAACGCGGUGCCGACCUAAAGCUUGGGCUGCGUUACGAUACACUAACGACCUACACGCAUAAAAAAGCACCAAGACAAUACUACAUGUCGGACGAAUACGUCCAAGAGCAAAUGUUAAAGUACCCACUUGGUGGCCCUGUUAGUAAUGGCAGCACUUAG